GGAGGAGGGAUGCUCUGAACUGCAGCAUCUUCAGCCAGAAAACGAGCAGCACAAAGCGUCGCUUUCUCUGCGUCUUCCUCCAGCUCCGCGCCUCCCGCCUCCUCCACGCGCCCGUCACCCCCGGGAGGUCUCCGGACCGGAACCAGAACACGAGCAGAAGCACCUGAUCUGGAUUUUGAUUUCCCACUUCAUUGUUUGCGUGGGUUUUUUUUUGCCUUCUUCCCCCGACAUGCUUUCAGCGGAAUGAGACGCAAAUCUUAGCGCGCGUUUGCGAAGCUUGACGGGACCCUCGCGACCCAGGAGCUCGGUUCCGAAGGACCCUCCAUCUGCGCCGCUCCUGCUCUCGCCGCCGCUGCGCAGCAUCUCGAAGGAGAAACGCGCAGCUCGCCUGCCCCCGUCCGUCCGUGCGUCCGUGCGUGCGUCAGGAAAAAAAGGCGUAUUCUCCCCAUUCUUCAAGCACUUUCUCCGUCCGCGCGGCUGCGCUGCGUAAAAGAGAGAGAAAGCCCGAACGGGAGAGGGAUUUAGCGCAGCUUAAGCAUCCAAGAGCGAGCUCGCAAAAUGAUGGCCGGCGGAGCUGUGCAGCAGAACGGCAUCUUCUCCACCCCCCACCAUCACAGCCAGCAGCCGCACAUGGAGUCCGAUCCCCCGGAUUCGCGUAAAAGACCUUUGGAGACGCCGACGGAGGCCAGCAGCACCAAACGCACGAACACGGGAGUGGCCUUCCUGCAGCCCCUAUAUGAAACUGAAGGCAUUGUAUUCCCUGAUCAAGAAACUGAGACUCAUGAGGAAGGCGAGUACUUCCUGAAGGUUUUGAUUCCCAGCUAUGCGGCGGGGUCAAUCAUCGGGAAGGGGGGUCAGACCAUCGUCCAGCUGCAGAAGGAGACCGGAGCCACCAUCAAACUGUCCAAAUCCAAAGACUUCUACCCCGGAACGACAGAGCGGGUGUGUCUGAUUCAAGGGACUGUGGAGGCGCUGAACGGCGUCCAUGACUUCAUCGCCGAGAAGGUGAGGGAGAUGCCUCAGAGCACCCAGAAGACAGAGCCGGUCAGCAUCCUGCAGCCGCAGACCACCGUCAACCCGGACCGGGUCAAGCAGGCCAAGCUGAUCGUCCCCAACAGCACAGCCGGCCUGAUCAUCGGGAAAGGCGGAGCCACGGUCAAAGCGGUGAUGGAGCAGUCCGGGGCGUGGGUCCAGCUGUCCCAAAAACCGGAGGGCAUCAACCUGCAAGAGCGCGUGGUCACCAUCAGCGGCGAGCCUGAGCAGAACCGCAAAGCCGUGGAGAUCAUCAUCCAGAAGAUCCAGGAGGAUCCGCAGAGCUCCUCCUGCCUCAACAUCUCCUACUCCAACAUCACCGGGCCCGUGGCCAACUCCAACCCCACCGGCUCCCCGUACGCCAACUCCACCGAGGUCAUGCCGGCAGCCGCCGCCGCUGCUGCCGCCACGGCGUCGUCUCUGCUGGGCCAGGCCGGCCUGGCGGGGGUGGGGGCCUUCCCCACCACCAUGUCCAGCCUGUCGGGGAACGACCUCCUGGCCAUCACCUCCGCCCUCAACACUCUGGCGAGUUACGGUUACAACACCAACUCUUUGGGGCUCGGGCUCAACCCUGCGGCCGCUUCGGGGGUGUUAGCCGCCGUAGCAGCCAACGCCAACCCAGCGGCAGCCGCGGCCGCCAACUUGUUAGCCUCCUACGCCAGCGACGCGUCCACCAGCGCAGCUCACUCUGCAGCCAGCCUCGGGGGCUUCUCCCUGGGGUCCCUCGCAGCCGCCACUGGGGCCACCAACGGCUACCUGAGCGCCGCGUCACCACUGGUGGCGUCGUCCUUGUUGGCCACGGAGAAGUUAGCGGAAGGAGCCAAGGAAGUGGUGGAGAUCGCUGUACCAGAAAACCUGGUGGGUGCCAUCCUGGGGAAAGGCGGGAAGACGCUAGUGGAGUACCAGGAGCUGACCGGCGCCCGGAUCCAGAUCUCCAAGAAAGGCGAGUUCAUCCCCGGAACCCGGAACCGAAAGGUGACCAUCACCGGGUCCCAGGCCGCCACGCAGGCCGCGCAGUACCUGAUCAGCCAGCGAAUCACCUACGAGCAGGGGGUACGCGCCACCAACCCACAGAAGGUGGGCUAAACCUGACAGCCGACAAGAAACGAGGAGGAAAAGAGGAAAGAAAUAAAGAAAUGAAGAGUGGGGGCUUGGGGGAGGAGUCUAAAAAAAAAAAGAAAUGACAAAAUGGAGGAGAGCAAGAAUGUGGGAGGGAUUGCGCCGUUUUCUUCUUCAGUAUUACAGAGUUUUUGACGCAGAGCAAAGAUGGAGACGAGGAGGGAGAGGAGCGCCGAAAAACCAAGAAAAAAUGUGUAAAAUGUAAAUACGGUUUUAUUACUUAACGUCUCGACCUUCUGGGGUUUUUUAUUGUUUCUGUUUGCGUCGGGUAACUUAAGCUGUCCGUUUGUUUGUGUCUUGUGUGGACAGAGCUGAAUGCCAUGUAGACCGGCCCGACUGCCGGGGGGCGGGGGACGCCACGGGGCGGGGGGUGGGGGGCGGCCACAGGGGCACGGAGGGAGGGGGGGGUGAUAGGGUACAACCCUCCAACUCCCUCCAAGCCCUCAGCUCUCACCCGCCCCCCUCCUCCUGCUGCACCUCCCCCCCCAGCAGAGUUGUUUUUUUCUUCUAGAUUUGCCCCCUCCCCCCCUCACUAGAUGCCCCGUCCUGCCCUGCCCCUCCCCUUUUGAUAAGGGUUUUAUAACGAGCAGGACUGCACUUUCUCUCCUCCUCGCCACAUAUGGUCAAAAAUCGGGCCGGGGGUGGGGUGGGGGGCAAUUUUUGAUGAAGGGCCAUAGCUCGUAGCACCCCACACACACACACACACACAUGCGCACCUAGUGCUUAAGGCAGAGGCGCAUGCUGAUGACCUCACGGCGAAAUCCUAUAAAGCCGUAGGACCACGCCCCCCACCCCCCCGCGCAACGAUGAUUAGGACGUAAUUAUGACCCAAAUGGAGCUCAGCGUUCUUUAUUUCUUAUCUGUGAAUUCAGGUUGACAUGAAUGUAAAUGACACUAUUUUUUAUUUUAAUGUCGGUGGACUGAGAUGAAUCGUAAUGUCACAUAGGCUAAGCUAUGUCUUAUUUAAGUCCAGUGAGAGCGCCGGCUCAGGCGUAGGAGCGGAACGCCGUGAGAUGGCGUGCGUGGUGCUAGACGAAGGGAGUCCAUCAUAUCCUCCAUCCGUUCCGCUCAGGCUUCUUCGACGGUGCAGCAUCGCCGCUGCAGUUUACUCACGAAAAAUCAAAAACAGGAAGUUGAUCCGCUGCUGCUCAGCCUGUGGUCUUCCAAAUCCCUGACCCCGCCCCCCACAUAGUGAACAGACCACAGACUAGAUCAAGCACUUAUACUACUGAGGAGGAAACACUGAAUCGGGACGUGCCGCCUCGCUUGUAGAUUUCGGGCAUAUCAAAAGCGGAGCCGAAAGGGCUCCGAGGUGACGGGCAGGUCUGCUCCCGCUGCUGAAGAUGCUGUCUAUUUUGCUCUUGGAUUUGUUUGUUUGUUUUUUUGUCAUGUGUGUGUGUGUGUGUGUGUGUGUUUAACUAUCAGAGUACACUGAAUUUUGUCUUAAUGCACUGUGAAGCCAGAGAGCAGCCCUCACCCCGACCCGCGGGGCCCGGGACGCGCGCUGUAGAUGGCAGGGAAACGAAAACAAAAAAAGACACGUAUAUGACAUAUUUGUAGGAUGCAUAUGAAGAACUUCAGCAGGCAGCACGCCAACUCCCAAACCGUCCGUCCGUCCGUCCUUCCAUCCAGGACCAGAUCAAAUAGUUGGGUUGGAAAAGUAUUAAACCUGGGUGGGAGGCGGGAUGUUUGGGAGGGCGAGGGUGUCCUUUAAAGAAUUGGUUUAAUCAACAGGUUUAGCUGCAAUAUGCUAAAAAUGAGUUGGGGGUGUAUUUGAUCCAAAGCCAGGGAGUCCCCCCCUUCCCCCCCAGAAUCUUCAGACACCAAUCCGGCCCAAAAUCCCUAAACGUGUCACUCUGUUGGAGCGCCAGUGAGGGUUUAUCUCCACGUCUUGGUAAGGAGGCUUCUUUACUCCCAUCUAACACCAUCCACACUCUCCUCACCCUCCCACCCGUCCUCAGUUUUCCAGCGCACUCCCAUCCUGACACCCCCCCUCCUCCUACCACAUCGCUCCAUGGGUGACUAUGUCUGUUGUUACGGUCGAUGCAUGUCUGCCGCCUGGCCGGGCGAACGCCGCCCAGCGAGCGGACCCCGGACGGGCCGAGGAAGUCGUAGCAGGACACAGUCGGGUUUGGAUCCUUCAUGACACUAGAGAGAAACACGGUUCCUCUGAACUCCUUGUUGCACAAAACUUGCUGUCUUCAUACCUGGAGGGAGUUUAGGGGCUUCGGUUCCACCGUAGACGUCGUAGCGGGCUGACUUUUACUGCCUCAGGACAGAUCAAAAUGAGGAAUCUUUGCUAAUUAUUCCCAAUCAAAAAGACCUGGUUUCUGGUUUCUGCAGUCUACGACCAUUUAGUUUAUUCUAUACCUAAAAACUCCACUGAAAAAUUAUUCACGAUGACACAAAAAAGCAAUUUUUCUGCUGGAAUGAAGGAAGAUGAUGAAACAAGUUGAGCAUUGCCAAUCAAAAGUCACCAGUCUAAAUUAGCAACUCAGCUAGCGCCUUCAGCUAGCCCGAAUGUGAACUGAUGCUUCAUCAACAAACUGAAAUAUAUUUUGUAAAUAAACCAAAUAGAUGCUAGCUACUAGCUGGUCACCACUCAUUAACAAAUUCCCACACAAACAAACAUUAGAAGAAACUAGUGACAGCUGACUGCAGCCUCUACAGGACGAGGAAAGUCAACAGGAAGGGGCGGAACCGCACCAGCUAAAGGCAGAGGAAAAACAGCUAAGGUAGCUACAGCUAGUGUUAGUUUCCAUCUAGCCCUUUUCUGCUACCCCAAUUGUGAAUUGAUGCUUCAUUAACAAACAAAACGCUAGCAACUAGCUUGUCACCGCUUAUUAGCAAAUUCUCCCACACAAACAAAUGUAGGAAUUGUUAGAAACUAGCGACAGUCGGCUGCAACCUCUGCAGGAAGAGGAAAACAAACGUAGCCUCUGUCGUUAAGGUAGCUAACAAGUUGUCCUGUCAGCUACCGCUAGUUUCCAUCCUGACUAUGCCCACGUUUAAUGUAUCUAAUCCAGCAAGUUCAGACAUUAUACGUGCUAGUUGCUAGCUCCUCCAUGCUAACAGCUACCUUGGGAAGAAUCCCCAAAAUGACGUAGACAUGUAAGCUAGCUGCUAGCUUCUUAGUGCUAAGUUAAAAACAAAUCUAAUCCUUUAAAUGUAAACAGAUAUGUGCUAACUUUACAAUUACUGCAGAGGCUUUAGUUCUGCUAAUGGCGCCAAUGUGACAAUGAAACAACCUGGGUAGCAAUUACCUUUUUAAAUGUAUUUAUUUAAAGUUAGCGUUCUAUCCAUCCAUUCAUUAGGGAAACUUUGAAAAUAUCUGUAUAAAUCAUAAGACUAUCAGCCUAUUGCUGACAGUAAACUUUGUUAAAGAUAUUUUUAAGAAUAAAAUAGGAUUUAAAUAAAUAAAUGUCAUGAAAUACCUUCUUCUUCCUGUCCUUCUGGUGGGGCCAGCAUGGCCUCCAGCAGGAAAUAAUGCAUGGAGCACGGUUGAUGUUUACGGUGGAAACAGAGCUUUUAGAUUCCUGAAAUAGUUGUCAUAACGCUAACUGGUUUAUUUGUAUCUCAUGAGUUAACUCUAUAUCUUGGGCCCAGCGGCCGAUCUUUUAUCACAUGUUAGGCAGAUGAGAUCAAAUGUGACAAGUACUGGAAGCAAUACAUGUAGAGGCUUAUCGUAUCGUCCUGUCCCUCCUUCUGUCUGACGUAGGAGCUUUUGGAUUUGCCUGUAGGUGGUGGAUAGGUUUACGUGAAAAUGCUGCUAUUUAAUAAGAACUGAUGUGCUAAGAACUCAACAUAUCCGAAACCUGUUCUCUUUAGCGGGAUGGCUAGUUUCUAGCGGCACUGUAAACAAUGCUGUGUUAUAAGCUGGCGGUAAGUUAAGAGUAGUUUAAAUCCAAGCUAGCAAGUGAAACAUGUGCCAAAAUAAGUUGUAUUUGUGCUCAUUUAAACCACACUAGGUAAGACAAGACCUACUUUUAUAUCCAGAAGAAAAUGUGAAAAGUGCCAAAUGAACCAUAUUUAUAAUGACAUCCGCAGACGGGGCAACGUCCUGCUAAGCGUUUUUAGCUUAGCUAACAGACACAGAACCACAGAGCGACGGCGUCUAGAGGCCUGUCUCAAAAUGACAGGCUGCCAUGCUAGCCAAGUGCUAGCCCGUCCUCUGGGAACCUCAUUUCCCAGAAUGCAACAGCACUACAACUCUGGGGCUUAGAUUUAUCAAUAUAGGUUAGCAUAUUGAUGCUAAAGAAAAUGUGACUAGAUAGCAUUCUUAAAAACAGCCUUUUAUAGUUACGAUGAAGAUGUAUUUUGUGGAAAUAGAUGUUAUCUUUUUUGCACGUCUAUAUUAUUGCAUGAUAUCAAAGUGAAGCGUAAACAAAAAAGGAAAAAACCGUAGGCGUCGUUCAUUUUUCUGGGACAAACAUUUGCAUGCCGAUAAGGGUAGAGCAUUUUGAUAUUGUUUUUUACGCGUUCCGAUGUUUGCUGUUUGUCCAUGGGGUUUAGUCUUGCUCCGCCUACUGCAGGUGUGCUACAUGUUUGAUUUUGUCGUUACAACAGUGUUAGUAUGUUGUGGUUAAGUUGACUAACCCUCCUCAGACAGAUACGAACAAAACUCUCGAACAAAGCCGAGACUAUUUUGCUACGUUUUUGAGCGAGCUUCAGAACCUUUCAGAGCAGUAACAAAACAACCGCAAAUGUCCAUGAAUGUACUCAUUUUCACAUCUCUGCUUUGUAACUCAUACUUCCAAAGGUGCAGUCGAGCCUUUUGUGUGUAGCCGUGUGUUUUGUACUCUAACAUUACUAAUCCCUACGACAGCUCGCACUGGGACUAUGUUGUGUGUCCUUUUUUUGCCUCCCCCCACACUCCAGCCCCGGCUUGUGUCAUAAUCAGGAUGCACCUUAUCGACCUCAAAGUGGACGUGCAGCGCUCCGUGCCCCGCCCACAGCACCCACGCGGGACUGGAAAUAGAUUUCUGGACGCAUGUAAGUCCAAAUGAACAUGCUCGCUCCAAUCUGAUAAAAUUCUUUGAAUCGUCGAACCCUGAAGACAAACAGUGGCCCACGGAGGCCCGAAAAUGAAAACCCAACAAUUGUCCGGAUCACAUGAACUCACAAGGCAAAAACAACGCAUGUUUGUUCAUUAUUACAAAUAUAAUAAUCACAAAUCCACCCUAAAAUAAAGAACAUUAGCUAAAAGCUAGCUAGCUAUAAAGAUAGCACGUCGACCCCAGAGGAAAGUGCCGCCGGCUCUCUAAGCAGUGAAAAUGCAACUUUGCACUUUACCUGAAGGUGGCACUCUCCUUGAAAUAUGGUAGUCAUAUUGAUAAUAACCAUUGUUUAUUUUGUUAAAGUUAAAAUAUGUUGAAAAAAAUAUCUAAACUGCUACAAAACUGUUUUUUGACGUUUGGAUUUAAGUCCUGAACGUCUGGAUUUUUUGAAUUUUGCGACGUUGAACCUUUGUUCCGAUGAAAUCCCUCAUGUGGGUGAAAACCUAAAUAAUUUGCUUCGGGAACUCGGCAGCGCUGCUCGGCCUUCUGGGAUUUGGCUUUUCAUAAAAAGCCUGUUUGGGUCCUCCGUAGUUUUCCUUUGCACCGAUUUGGGCCCAAAGGUCAAAGGACGGGUUCGACUUUCCACGUUUGCACUGAAGUGUGCGGACGGCGUGCACGGCAGGCCGGGCUGAGGUGGGGGUAGGGGUGGGGGUGGGUCCGUGUGUGAGACGUCUUUACUGCAGCCGUGCAUGCUCCUCUCUGCCCCCCCCAGGCCGUGCUGGUGGUGCCUCUGUAGCCAGUCAUUCUCGACUCCAUGCUCUUCUUUUGGUUUUGACUCUGACAUGUGGAGGAAUUCAGAAUUGACCCCUCAAACCUCUUCGACAUCCCGUUGGACCCCUUCCUUUUCUCCACCCUUCCUCCUGCUCCUCCUCCUCCUCCUCCUCCUAUCAGAAACUCGGGCCCCAAUCGAAGCACCAGCAACUGUUAGACUGCAUUUGUCAUAUCACUGUUUUUCUUUGUUUUCUUCUCGCUGUUUGUUCGUUGUUUUCUUCCUGGUUUUGGUUUGUGGCGGGAAGCUCUAACCCGCCCACUUUUGAAACUAAACGCCAUUUCUGUGUGUAGCCUGUUUACCCGUCCCACACACACUCCUCCAUGCCCUCCUCUUUGCACUUUCCUCCUCCGCCUCCCACGAGUCUCUUCUCUCGAGUGCCAAAAUAGAACAGAGAGGAAAAUGACGACAACAACAACAACAACAGCAGCAGCAGCAGCAGCCAUUCCAAGCGUUUCUUUGAGUUGUUCUUGUGUGUCGGACAUCCAUCCUGGAAGCACCCAUGAAGCCAGCAUGCUCCGCCCUCAUAACAUGAUGUCGCUCAUGACGCCUCAACUGAUGCCCACCACCACCACCUCCUCUCCUCCUCCUCCUCCUCACCACCCCCCUCACACGGGAUUAACCCCCUCCGCAGGUUCCACCUGUCCGCCCGCCUCCAAACAGUAACCGCUGGUUCCAGCUGCUUUGUCAUUUCUGCAGCCGGUGGGACGACACGGGUCGUGUGCCAUAGAGUCGGGGGCACCUCCCACUCUCCUCACCCCCCCCCCCCCCCAACCUCCUUUCUCUCUGUCCCUCUUCUCUUCUGUAACUCAGUCUCUCCAUCCGACUCUUCUCGAUGGGAAAAGAUUCAGAAACUCCAUUUUCUUCUGAUGUUUUUUCUUUUUUUAUAUUUUCCCUUUAGUUGUCGUUUAACAUCCAAACCACGACACAUGCACCGCCCUCCCUUCCCGCCGCCGCCCGCUGCGGGGAGUGUUUACCUAAGUCAGCAGCCAUCCUCUGUCUUCUUGAACUUUUUUGAACUUUCACCCCCCCCCCCUCUGUGUUCAUCCAACUGUUUGGACGAUAACUCUCCAUUCCAUCCCCAAAAACCUCUGAGACUGUGCAAUGCUAGCUGAUGCGAUUGGAUUUUUUUUCGUUUUUGUUCAUCAUUUGGGACAGAACUAAAAAAAAAAAAAAAAAAAAAA